UCCCACACUUGUAAAUAUUCUUUGAGAAAGCAAUGAUUUGUUAUUUCUCUUAAAUGUAAGUACACAGCGGUUAUUUUACCACCACAAACUUUAAUAUCCGUAUCCAAAUAAAUUUUUUGGAAAUAUCCGUAUUCGUUUAUAUUAUGAUUAUCAUAUUAGUACAUCAUAUCCGUCCUUCUUUUUCAAGAUUUAUAUCGUACCCGCCCUUAUCCUCUGAUAUUCGGAUAUCUGCAGAUAUAUCCGUAUUCUUGACCAUACCUAGUAAACAACAAUGGUUCCUUCUACCUCAAACAAUCAAUUAGGCAACGAUAAAAAAUUUUUGAUUGGAGGUAUUCUUGAAUAUUAUUUUUAAGGUAUUUUUGAAUUUUAGUCGGAUCACUUAGUAUAGUUGUUAUGCUUGGUGCCAUAUUACUUUGUGUCUUUUUUAAACGCCCUCAUCAGAUUUGUGCUCAAAUGGCAGCAGCGGCAGCUGGAGGAGGUCAAGGAGGGGCAAUUGGACAAUCUUCGACUAAUGGCCUAAAAUCCGGCUAUACACCAAUUCCUCCUAAUGAAUUCUCUCCCCAGGUUCAGCACCAUCAAAUGAGAGAAUUCGAAAGUAAUAAUAAUGGAGGUGGUGAUCGUGUUGGAACUCUUGUGGGUUCAACCCAAAGUUUAUUACGUAAUGGAAGUGGAACAAUAGGGAAUGGAAACGGCGCUUCGGCUGUUGGAUUUACUGAAAGAUCAGGUGCAAGAUUCACAACAAUAUUAGCUCAAGGGAAUGGAGGUACUCCACGAGAAACAAUUGCAAUUUCAAGAGAAGCUCAACAACCAAAAAGAGAAUUUAAAGAGUGGUAUGUCUAG